AUGAGCCGCACGGAAGAUAAUUGGUUCUUGUCCUCCUCCCUAUUCGGCGCCGCUUCCGCCGUCGUCAUCACCGGCCUCCUCGUCGCGAAGCCCAAGGACCCGACCUUCGACCUCGUCUCCAUCGACCUCACCUCCUUCAAGUUCAACCUCCCUCUCCUCGACGUCGGCCUCGUCCUCACCGUCAACAUCACCAACCCCAACAUCGUGCCCAUCCACUACUCCUCCUCCACCAUGUCCAUCUUCUACAAAGGCGCCCUCCUCGGCUCUGCUGACAUCAAGGCCGGCUCCCAGUCCGCCAAGUCCUCCAAGGUCCUCCGCCUCCCCGCUCGUCUCAACGGCCUCCAGCUCGCCCACCACGCCGCCAGCUUCGUCGCCGACGUCGCCAAGAGGGAGAUGGUGCUCGACGCCGCCGUUGAUAUCGCCGGUGCCGCCAAGGUUCUGUGGUGGGAUCACAAGUUCGCGGUCCACGUCGACAGUCAUUUGACCGUUGAUCCUUUGUUUCUCGACGUCGUUGAGCAGGAAAACAAGUCGGAGUUGGAUCUCUUUGUUUCUUGAGAGUUGAGAUUCGACAUUGAUCUGGGACAAAUCACAAGUAGUCUUUUUUUUUUUUUUUUAUGGUCUGAAAUCACUAGUAAGUCUUUGUAUUUCAAUUGUUGGUCGGUGUAGAUUUUGUUGAAGUAAAUUGUAACUUGUAAGCUCUAGCGUCUAGGUGUAUUGUUGACACAACCACCAGGUCAAAAGUCAGCUUGAUUAAUAUUCAGCUUGAUUAAUAUUCAGUGUAUCUUUUGUGAGUUUGAUUGC